GGAACAUACUUUUUUUUCAGUCAACAAGAUGUGAACUUUGAACUUGUAGUGCAAGGUCUGCUAGUCUAGUCGUGACUAUUGUGAAUAUUGUGGUUCUCUUACACACACCUCUCCAACUUCAUGGAGGAUUUUCCAAACUAAUUUUAAACAUUGUGAGAAUGGGAUCAACUGCAAAGUUAUUUUUAUAUACACAGUCAUGCCUGCGAGGCUUAAGGGUCAGGGAGAUUGGAAAUUGCCUUUCUUCACAAUGUCAACGAUAUUGUAAGUUUAAGUUGAUACAGCCGGUACCAGAAGCCCUGAGCCUGAGAAGCGUAAUUGGGUUUUUGACGCCCUCGACUAUUUUAUUUUUGGCGCCCUUUUGUUUGAACAAAAAUUUAAAUAAGUAGAGAUUUAGCGGCGCCCUUUUGAACUGGCGCAGGCCGGCGCCCUUGGCAACAGCCCCAAGCCAAUCCCCAAGCUGUUGUUAUGGUACUAUUACUAAAACGAUUACUAAUUAAAUUUAUUUAAUUUAGGUGACAUUUGAAAUUUUCUGCAGUAGGCCCUCAUACUGAUAUUAUAUAUUAAUAAUUACUAAUUUAAUAAUAGUAAUAGUAGUGAGUAGUGGAAUAAUGGUAACAUCAAAGUCAGAAGUAAGUAGUAGAGGUAAAUGUAAAAGUUGGAACAUUUUAAUUUUAAGUUAUAAUUAUUGAUUGAUACCACUGGUAUACUAAAAUUACUAAAAAGUAACUAUGUUUAAGCAGGGACUUAAUUUGGGUAGGGUGGGUGGGGGUAUUUAGAAUUUGCAGGUUUUAUUUAAAUUGCUAUACUAUGUACUGUGGCACCUCCAGUAUAAACAACUUAACAAGCCAACCAAGUUUUGCCCCCCCCCCCCAAAAAAAAAAAAAAAAAAAAAAAAUUAAAUAUAAAAAAUUAAAAAAAAAAAAAAACAAAAAAAAAUAUUGCUAUACUAUGUACUGUGGAACCUCCAGUAAAAACAACUUAACAAGCCAACCAAGUUUUGCCCCCCCCCCACAAAAAAAAAAACACAAAAAAAUUAAAUAUUAAAAAUUAAAUACAAGAAAAUACAAAUAAAUACAAGAAUACCACUGUUUUUAAUUUUACAAUUUACCAGAUUUUCUUAUUUUGAUGUUGUUUUAUAAAUAUUAUAAUUAUUAAGUAUUUGAGAAAUGCUGAAGCUUAACCAAGCUGAGAUCGAACAAUCUAGUGCAGUGGUUUUAAACUGUUUCAGCUCACAGUGAAUAGUCAUUCACCACUGGUACUUCUUUCUUAAAUUGAGAUCAAAGGUAUUCUAUUUUUCUGACCAUGUGUGAAAAGAUGUUAUUGUCUAAUUUUGAUUUUAUCCUUUUAUUUGAAGCUUACAAUCAAAUGAGUGUGUAUUGUUUCUUUACAACAUAACAUUUUAAUUAAAAAAUGUAUUUUUGAUAAUAUUCCCACCACCCCUUAUGUGAGUCCGAUUGCCCCCUAAAAUGUUGCAAGACUUUAAGCGCCUUUGAGAACUGCUGAUCUAGUGUUUAAGUGUCAUUGAUAUGUUUAAAAAUUGCUGAAAUCUUUCACAUAUGUUUUCAAAAACUCUAAGAUGAUGAGAAACUCACACUCCAAAACAGACGCGGAGUAUGCUCUGUCCCUAUUGACUUGCCAGAAACUCAUGUACUUUUAAGGAAAACGUGUAGAGAUUUUGCAGAAAAUGAGCUAAUGCCAAUAGCUGGUCUCCUUGACAAGGAACACAGAUUUCCUCAAGAACAGGUAGCACUAAUAGAAAUUAAACUAUUCAUGGAAUAAGGAGCCAUCCUUAAAUGUUGUCACUCAUUCUGGGGGGGGGGGGGGGGGGGGUGCAGGGACCAUCAAAAAUUUGUCAUGAUGUAUAACACAUUGUAUUAUGAAUUACUUACUUAUGAUUUUAUUGUGUGCGGUAAGUCUUGUGCGUUAAUUUAGUUAAUGAUGCUUUUCCCCCAUUAUGUUGGUGACAUAACUUUAUUGCAGUUCUGACAUAGUGUCCAUAGUCUGUAUUUGGUGUACGUGCUAUUCAUUUGGCAGUUGGUGAGAGAACUUUGUGGGUGAAGGGUGUACUAUAUUCUACUUACAGUGAGCUUUGUAAUACGUGUAUUUGAUUUAUUGUACGGCCUGAUAUAUAUGUUUCUGGAUUAAAGUUCUAUCUGGUCAUCAUCUGUUUGGUCUUGCUGUACCUGGAUCAUAGUUCUAUCUGGUCAUCAUCUAUUUGGUCUUGCAGUAGCUGGAACAUAGUUCUGUCUGGUCAUCAUCUAUUUGGUCUUGCAGUAGCUGGAACAUAGUUCUAUCUGGUCAUCAUCUAUUUGGUCUUGGAGUAGCUGGAACACAGUUCUGUCUUGCAGUAGCUGGAACAUAGUUGUCUUGCAGUAGCUGGAACAUAGUUCUCAAGGCAACACUGAAUUCCUCUGGUUUUUGCUUGUUUGCCGGAAGUGCUUUGUUGUAUUGUAGUCAUCUAGCAGCUGGAAGUGCUUUGUUGUAUUGUAGUCAUCUAGCAGCUGGAAGUGCUUUGUUGUAUUGUAGUCAUCUAGCAGCUGGACGUGCUUUCUUGUAUUGUAGUCAUUUAGCAGUAGGCUCUUCCCAGUUUUUCUUCAGUUUUAGCUUGAGUCUUGUCAGCUCCUCAUAUGUCUUUUAGAGACCGACAGAAGUUUUUGCUAUGUGGACGAUUUGGUUUUCUAUUUUGUUAUCAGGAGACACCCAAGUUACCUUGUGGAUUUUCUUAGGCUGGAUUACACUGCUCCCCCAACAACAAGCUCAUGUGCCGCACAGAAGUCCACAUUCCAAGAAUCUGUGCUUAUUGCCUUUAAAAGGUGUGUCCUGUGCUUUGAGACUUCUAGCAUAACCCGGUUUUCGGCCACAAGGCUUGAUAACUCUUCUUGUGCAAGAAGAACUCUCUCUUAUUCAGGCCUAAAAUUAUUAUUUUUUCUUUCUUCUUGUUGACGUUUCUGUGGCAAUUUGUAUCUAGGUUUGGGGCCGGCCAUGCUCCAAUACUGAGAAUCUUUGUAUUAUAAGGUGUCUAAUUUUGUGACAUUUUGAGACAAUGUGGGGAGGUAGGUCCAGAGUGGGCCACAAUAGAAUGACACCAUUUUGUGUGGUUGCAAAUAGUGGUUCUAUAGUAAAUGCACAUCAUAUAUUAUAAUGAUACUUUCAUUAAAUAACAUACAUAUGACAUGAACAGUUAGCGCUGACUUUAUCAAGGGAUUCAAGGAUGGAAAUGAACUAUCAGAAAUAAGUUUUAUUACACAAAACUAAGAUGACAAAGUUGGUCCUUGGACAGUUAUUAAAAUUAUUAUUAAUGAGCUAUGUACCUCAUCUCUAUAAUUUAUUUGUGUUUAGAUAAAAAAAUUAGGAAAUUUGGGCCUGCUGAGUGUCGAUGUACCAGAAGCUGAAGGUGGGACUGGUCUGGACUACCUGGCCUAUGCCAUUGCAAUAGAAGAGAUCAGCAGGGGAUGUGCAUCAACUGGGGUUAUCCUGAGUGUCAAUAAUGUGAGCAUCCUUGUUUCUUGGGUUGGUUGGCACCUGUCAGUGAUGUAAUGUGAGCAUCCUUGUUUCUUGGGUUGGUUGGCACCUAUCAGUAAUGUAAUGUGAGCAUCCUUGUUUCUUGGGUUGGUUGGCACCUAUCAGUAAUGUAAUGUGAGCAUCCUUGUUUCUUGGGUUUGGCCCAUAUCACUAAUGUAAUGAACUAGAUAGGCCAUAGACAAAACAAUAAUGACGAGCUAAAUGAUAGACAACAGAGUUAAACCAUGAACUGAAUCUUGUCCAAUAAAGAACAAUGCUUAACUGAAGAUUGUUAGUUGAUAAUAUGGUCAAAAAAUACUUCAUUAUUCAAUUAGAGCAGAAACAGUGUUAUAAAAUUUUUUAAUUAAAUAUUAAAUCAUGAUAUGGAUGAACUAGACAACAAUUUGGGUGAACUAGAGUACACUAUGUAAUGGUUUAUACAAUAUUUUAAUUUUAAAAACAAAUUACUUUCAGAGUUUAUACCUUGGACCUAUACAAAAGUAUGCAACAGCUAAACAAAAGGAACAUUUCUUGAAACCCUUCUUGCAUGGAGAUAAAAUAGGAUGUUUUGCCCUUAGUGAGCCAGGUACUGUACAUGAUCUGAGGAGAUAAAAUAGGAUGUUUUGCUCUUAGUGAGCCAGGUACAGUACAUGAUCUGAGGAGAUAAAAUAGGAUGUUUUGCCCUUAGUGAGCCAGGUACUGUACAUGAUCUGAGGAGAUAAAAUAGGAUGUUUUGCCCUUAGUGAGCCAGGUACUGUACAUGAUCUGAGGAGAUAAAAUAGGAUGUUUUGCCCUUAGUGAGCCUGGUACUGUACAUGAUCUGAGGAGAUAAAAUAGGAUGUUUUGCUCUUAGUGAGCCAGGUACUGUACAUGAUCUGAGGAGAUAAAAUAGGAUGUUUUGCCCUUAAGGGGCCAGGUACUGUACAUGAUCUGAGGGGAUAAAAUAGGAUGUUUUGCUCUUAGUGAGCCAGGUACUGUACAUGAUCUGAGGGGAUAAAAUAGAAUGUUUUGCCCUUAGUGAGCCAGGUACUGUACAUGAUCUGAGGAGAUAAAAUAGGAUGUUUUGCUCUUAGUGAGCCAGGUACAGUACAUGAUCUGAGGAGAUAAAAUAGGAUGUUUUGCCCUUAGUGAGCCAGGUACAGUACAUGAUCUGAGAAGAUAAAAUAGAAUGUUUUGCCCUUAGUGAGCCAGGUACUGUACAUGAUCUGAGGGGAUAAAAUAGGAUGUUUUGCCCUUAGUGGGCCAGGUACAGUACAUGAUCUGAGGGGAUAAAAUAGGAUGUUUUGCCCUUAGUGAGCCUGGUACUGUACAUGAUCUGAGGAGAUAAAAUAGGAUGUUUUGCUCUUAGUGAGCCAGGUACUGUACAUGAUCUGAGGGGAUAAAAUAGGAUGUUUUGCCCUUAGUGAGCCAGGUACUGUACAUGAUCUGAGGAGAUAAAAUAGGAUGUUUUGCCCUUAGUGAGCCAGGUACAGUACAUGAUCUGAGAAGAUAAAAUAGGAUGUUUUGCCCUUAGUGAGCCAGUUACUGUACAUGAUCUGAGGAGAUAAAAUAGGAUUUUUUACGCUUAUUGAGCCAGGUACAGUACAUGAUCUGAGGAGAUAAAAUAGGAUGUUUUGCCCUGAGUGAGCCAGGUACUGUACAUGAUCUGAGGGGAUAAAAUAGGAUGUUUUGCCCUUAGUGAGCCAGGUACAGUACAUGAUCUGAGAAGAUAAAAUAGAAUGUUUUGCCCUUAGUGAGCCAGAUACUGUACAUGAUCUGAGGAGAUAAAAUAGGAUGUUUUGCUCUUAGUGAGCCAGGUACUGUACAUGAUCUGAGGAGAUAAAAUAGGAUGUUUUGCUCUUAGUGAGCCAGGUACUGUACAUGAUCUGAGGAGAUAAAAUAGGAUGUUUUGCUCUUAGUGAGCCAGGUACUGUACAUGAUCUGAGGAGAUAAAAUAGGAUGUUUUGCUCUUAGCGAGCCAGGUACUGUACAUGAUCUGAGGAGAUAAAAUAGGAUGUUUUGCCCUUAGUUAGCCAGGUACUGUACAUGAUCUGAGGAGAUAAAAUAGGAUGUUUUGCUCUUAGUGAGCAGGUACUGUUCAUGAUCUGAGGAGAUAAAAUAGGAUGUUUUGCUCUUAGUGAGCCAGGUACUGUACAUGAUCUGACUUAAAUUGUCUAAUAAAUUUUACUUGUAUAAUUCAUGUUAACCUAAUCCAUUUCAAUCACAAAUACUAAUUCUCUAUGAGUGGACAAAUUCUCAUAUUUGGGCAGCCCCCUCUCCAGGUCAUUAUCAAUAGAUGAUGAGAUCAACAACUGAAAUUUAAAUGCCAUUGUUGCAUUCGGAAAGCUCAACACGAGUUUUUGGGAGCAAAGGUGUCUCAGCCUUGUCACUAAGCUCAAAAUAUAUAGGGCAAUAGUAUUAACAUCUCUCCUCUGUGCUAUCGAGAUGUGGACAGUGUACAGCAGACAUGCUAGUAAAUUGCUAGACAGCUAAACCAUAUCCACCUAAGCUGUCUAUGUUAACUUCUUGGCAUAAGGUGGCAGGACAAAGUCCCUGAUACAGGGGAUCUGCAAAGGGCAGAGUUUAUCAGCAUCCACAGGGGGACUUUCAUAACGCACGUCCGUUAUUUUGGCAGAUUUUUAAAACUCUCUUUCCACCAUUGUCACGAAAUUUACAAACCCUCGUAAAAUAUUGUCAAAAGUCCGUCCCCCCCCCCUUUUAGAUGGGUGAGAUUAUUUAUGGUGGAAUAUAAACUUAACCAACAAACAUUGUUACCACUGUCUAGAACUCAUCCCAUGUGUCUAAAAGUUGUGUUUGAAUUGAAGGUAACGGCAGUGAUGCUGGGGCAGCCUCUACAACAGCACAGCUGCAUUCAGGGACUUGGGUUCUUAAUGGAACAAAGGCUUGGAUUACCAAUGGCUAUGAGGCUUCUGCUACAGUGGUAAGUCCAUUUAUUUGAUCGGUAAUAGGACAAAUGGCUUUGAGGUUUAUAUAGCAUUCUCACAAUAACCUACUUUUACAGAUUCACUGUCUCAAACUGUAGAGAAAUAUUUUAACACUGAACUACUUAGCUUCCCCGUAAACUGAGCUGUCUCAUACAUACAUGCAUAUAUACCAAAGCCUAUACACUAAUCUACUCAACUACAUAAUUGCCUUAUGCUUAUAGAUAUACUUAUAUAGAGAUAUACCAAGCAUAUGCACUGACCUACUCACUCCCUUAGCUGUCACAUAUAGACUUAUAAACUUAUAUUAUACCAAAGUAUACACACUGAUCUACUUAUCAGAUCUGUAUAUGGUAACAUAAUAUACAUACUGACCUACUUACCUGCCUCAAAUAGACAUGCAUAUUACCAAAGUAUACCCCCUGACCCACUUAGCUGUCUCAUAUAUACAUGUAUACACACUAAUCUACUUUCAUUAAGCAAAAUAUAAAGAAUAUCCAAUCUUUGGUUAAGUAUCCAAUGUUAUGUUCACUUUCUUUGACAAUGAGUUAAGUAUUUCUUUUCUUGAUUUAUGUAUUUGAUUUUUCGCUUUUCUUUUCCUUUUGUCCAGAUUUCUAAUGAUAUUUUUAACUCCAUUAUAAUAUGAUACAUAAUAGGUGACAAAUGAGUGAGAAAUUAAUGAUAAAAUGCUUAUAUUUGAAGAAAAUUGUUCAGAAUGUUUUUGCUGCUUUAGAGUUAGACAUUUUACAAAAUUUGAUUUUUAAAAAAACUUGUCAGCUAUUUGAUUAAAGUUUGAUUUUUUAAAAUCUUGUCAGAUAUUUGCUAAAAAUUUGAUUUUUGUAAAACUUGUCAGGUAUUUGCAACUACAGACAAAAAGUUAAAGCACAAGGUAUGGAUUUAAAUUUAUGUGAAAUUUGCUAAUGAUUUUAAUACUAAUCCACAAUCCAAAAAAAAGGGACGGGGGGGACCUCAUAGUUUCCUAUGGCAUGGUCCAACACAAUAGCAAUAUGCUAUAUGGCAUAUCUACAUCAAAUGAUUCCCUUGCCGACCUGGCCUCUUACAAGUCAAGCUUGGGGCAAGAAGUCAACUUGUGUUCCGCCAUUUCUGGGUCUGGAUGGCAAUGCUAGCAAUUUUGGGUCCUGUUGUGGUUAAAGCAGGGCCAUAAUAAUAUUUACAACUUUUUGGGUCGUAGUGAUCUUAGUUGUAGCUUGAUCUAAAGGUACAUUCAUACUACUGCCUGCAACCACAAGGCUCAGUGGUGAAUCCAUGUUGAAAAUCCAUGACACUGAUAUCCCACACAGGUGUUCACACUGAGCUGGCACAACUAUGGUACUGUUAUCUGAAGCAGAACUUUGGUUCAUAUUAAUCAAUUUUAAAUGUCUGUUCUUGCGCAACAGUCAACAAUCUGCAACCGGAUGUGUCUCUUUAAAUAAAUAGAUUCUGCUUUUUUCUUUUAAAUAUGAUUUUAACAAUAACCUCCCAUGCAAGGGAAAAUUCAAAUGUAAAAUUUUAAAAAAAAUCUUUGAUUCCCUUUUUUCCUGGAACAUUUUUUCUUCAGUCUUAUCAACCUGGAAAUGCAUUUCAUAAAUUUUAAGCUUCGAACUACAACAUAUGGCUACUAUGGAAAACAACAUUUGCAAACAAGUCAGCCGAUGUCAAAUUCAUCAUAUUUGUUAAGACCACUUUAUUUUCUACUGGUCGCUAUGCUAUUAAUCUGUCAGCUGAUGAUAACACAGGGCAUUAGUGCUUUCCUUGUUCCUAAACCAAGUGCUAUCAUUUACAGGGCAUUAGUGCUUUCCUUGUUCCUAAACCAAGUGCUAUCAUUUACAGGGCAUCAGUGCUUUCCUUGUUCCUAAACCAAGUGCUGGACUGUCUCUGGGUAAGAAAGAGGACAAGCUAGGCAUUAAAGCAUCAUCAACAUGUAAUCUUAUUUUUGAAGACUGCAGCAUCCCUGAGGAAAAUAUCUUGGGCAAGCCUGGCAUGGGCUUUAAAAUUGCCAUGGUAACUAACAGUUCUUAAAGACUUUCAUUUAAAAUAAUAGAUUCCAAUAAUAAUACAACUUAGUUAUUAAACCAAAAUUAGAUUUUGUCAAUUUAAAGAAAAAGAUUAACUAGAAUGAGUAGAAAUAUAUUUUAAAAAUUGUAAUCAGUUGACCAAUUAUCACAGAGUUAUUUUGAAGUGUAAAAUAAAAACUAUUUCCUUCCUUCUGAAGCAAACUUUAGAUGCUGGAAGAAUUGGAAUUGCUGCACAAGGACUGGGUAUAGCACAGGUAAAAAAUUUCAUUUUUUUUGGUGAGCUUAUGGGAAGCUAACAAUAACCUUGCAGGUUUGAAGUUAAAAUUACUUUGAUCGGUCUAAUUAUUUAUUAAAAUGACUUUGUAUUUAAAUAAAUCGGAUUAAAGAAAUAUUUUUAAAAAAUUUGUUGAUCAAUCAGGCUUCCCUUGAUUGUGCUGUUGACUAUGCCAUGAAGCGCCACUCUUUUGGAAUGCCCAUUGGCAAACUGCAAACCAUUCAGGUAAAUUCACUAGCGACUUAUUUAUUAGCCAGCACCGGUAACCCAAAUAUUUUUGCAGUCUAUUGGAAUGUAACAAUUUAAUCUUGAGAGCAGGGCCAAGCAAAGGCAAAGUGGCUCCCAGGGCUAAGCCCGAUAGGUGCAGCCAUUUUUAAAAUGCUCUAUUUUUAGAAUCAAGUAAUAAAAAUCAAACCCAUCUCAAAUGUAAAGCAGGUGAAUCUCCUAACAGAAUACCACCAUUGUCAUUAAAAUUUAAUUUUAAAAAGAUACCGAGAUUGUAUAUUUGAAAAAAUAUUUGAUUAGCCAGCAUUAUAAUAAUACCGGUAAAUAAGGUAAUUACUUUCAGGACCUAUCAUUUAAUCAAAAGUGUGAUCUAAAUACUAUAAUAUCAUUAUGUUGUGAUUCUAAUGUUUUCCCUUGGGUACAUAUGUUACUUGUAUCAACACACAUAUGCUUGGUACAUAAAUUAAUAGUAAAAGUUUGAUUUUUUAUUGCUUAACUUUGUUUUGUACAUGUUGUCUGAGUAGCAUUAAAUCUGUUAUUAUUAACGUUAUAUUGUAAAUGCAACUCAACACAACAGAAUUUAAAAAAAAAAAAAAAUUAAAUUAAUAAACUCCAUUUAAUUACCAAGGAUAUAUAACAUUUAUCUGUUAUCAUUAACAGUGCAUUAUAUAUUGAACCGUUAUAUUAAUAAUGACAGUUGUGUUCAAAGGAUUUGUUGUAAUGAAAGUUAAAAAGUCAAGCACUUCAAAUCCUAAAAAUAUUUAAAAUGUGUGAUGGUUGGAAAAUUAAAGUAUAAAACAAACGUACUUUAAAAGUAACUGACUAGACUAUGAAAGAAUUAAUGAUUAUUCCCAAUUUAAACCACAGAUGAAAAUUGCAGACAUGGAAGUUCGUUUAGAGAGUGCACGUCUCCUUACAUGGAAGGCUGCCAUGUUAAAAGAUGCAGGGAGAAACUUUACAAAGGUAAUCAAGUCAUCAGCAAUAUUUGUCUUAUUGCUUAAUGAAUGCCACUUUAAAACUAGGACCAUUCUCACAGUCACAGCCUUACCAAACUUGUCUUUGGAAAAUAAACUUUAAUUAAUUGAUAAAAUGUCUGCUCCUUUUCAAUCAAUUUAACAAAUUUCACAGUCUGAGUAUAAAUAAAUGGUGUACCGGGUAUUUUACACCAGAGUGAGUUAUUUACCAAAGUUUACCAUGACAGUGUUGUCAUUUAUGAAUGUUACAGUGCAUUACAUCAAACCAACUGUUGUUAUAAAGUAAGACAUACUUCUGUUUCCUUGUUUUGAAAUACAGAAUUGAUUUUUGUUGCUCUAUCUUAUUUUAGGAGGCAGCAAUGGCCAAACUGGCAGCUUCAGAAACGGCAACAUUUAAUGCUCACAGUGUAAGGCUAGAGUGUUAAUGUCUUUGAAUUCAACACAUUAGAUCAAUACUCUGACACGUCUUUGGAUUCAGCACAUUAGAUCAAUACUCUAUUGAUAAUCAACAAUAUGCAAAUAUUUAAUCUGUAUCAGAGUGUUAAUUUAAUAACAAGUGUCUUUAUUUUCACUAGCAUUGGUAAAUAUAUUUGAAUGAGGAAUUGUCCUUGACAAUCAUUGACAUGAAUCUUCUAUUUAACGAGUGCUUUCACUAGUCUCAGCUCCUGAUAUUUAAUGUUCCUGUUCUUUUUUCAGGCCAUACAAAUACUUGGGGGCAUGGGCUAUGUUUCGGAUAUGCCUGCAGAGCGCCAUUACAGGGAUGCACGGAUUACUGAAAUCUAUGAGGGCACCAGUGAGAUCCAACGUAUUGUCAUUGCCACUAACACUUUCAAGGAGAGAGGAUUGAAUUGAAGUCUUCAAGUGCUGCCCUGAUCUGUCUAUUCCCUCACUUAAUGUAUUAUAAAUUACCAGAAAAUUAAGCUAAUCGCUGAUGUCCCAUCAGUAAAGCAAAGAGCCGGUGCUGACAAUGUAAUUAACAGCUUUCUAAUUCCUGGUUGAUCUGCCAGAGAAAAUAUCAUGCAUAACCUUAAGGCCCUGUUAAAAUACAUUUUUGCUGUUAGAAAAAAAAAUAAUGUGUUUUAUAUCUAUAAAAUACCAAUAGUAUAUAUUAUUAUUAUUUGAUAUGAUUAAUAAAAUUUUCAGUUAAAAUAAUACAAACAAUUAUAAAAAGCCAAAAGGACAAUUAUGACGGUUUUUUUAAUCUGAAUAUAAAUAUCACUAACACCUUUGAAGUAUAUAAGUACAAAUUAAAUAGGUUUGCACAAAUUCAGUUAUUCACCCAAUAUAUAUAUAAUGCAUACAUUCUGGGCAUUUGCCGUACUGACAAUUAUUUUUUGACCAAUUAUCAUAGGAAUGUCUUUUUUAUUAUAAUUACUAUUUUUUUAUACCGGGUACUUGAGUGCAUAAUAAAAAUUAAUAAUUCAGGCAACAUUUUGUUGAAAUUCAUUCUUCAUUUCAACAAAUUGGGGACGUGGCAAUAACAUGGACAAGUGAUUAUGGUGAUUCACUUGAUUAACAAAACUGCCAAUGCCAUUACCAAUGGUUACUUAAAACACUUGAUUCUAAAGAACACACACAUAUAAGUAUGUAUAUUAUGCAUGUGCCUGUCAUGUG